AGUGACAGCUGUACCACAUACCAAUCUUUACACGUUGCAUGUUCUGGGAAAGUUAAAGGUGGAUUUGUUUUUGGAUUGUUGUUCGUAUUGAACGUGUUGCUCGAGUUUUUUGGUUGAAGAUUUGGUCCACCUCCAGACGUCAUGUUAUGAUUCAGGUCUUAUUAGCCACAUUAUUCCUGGUGCCCUCGGUGCAUUCUACUCGUCUGUCAAGAGAUGUUAUACCCUCUAAACAGUUUCUACACCUCAAAUUCGACUUAGAAAAGUGGAGUUAUGAGGGCCGGACAGAGAUUCAAAUUGAAGUGAAGAAAAAAAGAGACAACAUCUGGCUCUAUGCAUCAGCUAAACAUUUCAAUAUAAGUGCAAUAGUUUUGGAAGACCAUGAAGGGAAAAUAUGCAAGAUUGCGAAAACAACAGCUGAUAAAAAGAAGAAAAUAUUGUUUAUAAAGCCACAAAAUCCGGUAGAACCAGGACACUACAAGAUAAAACUGCGGUUUAGCGGGAAAGUUCUAGAAGCACUACAGGGAAUGAUAAAGUCGGGCUACGUGGACAGUAAGGGACACAAACACCACCAAGUUACCACCCACUUCGAGCCAGACAAAGCUCGUGAAGCUUUCCCUUGCUUUGAUGAGCCAUCCUUCCGUGUCAGGGUUCAGUUAACAGUGGAACAUCCCUCUUCACAUCACGCUAACUCUGCUGGUCCCAUCAAAUCCCGGACACAAAUAGGUUCCGGAAGAGUCCGAACAGAGUUCGAGGAGACUGCGAGUAUGAGCGUCUACCUCCUUGCUAUCAAUAUCCAUGAUAUGGACAGGGUCAGCGUGAAAUCAGGUCGUGGUGUGCCCGUUACAGUGCUUACGCCGAACUACGCUAAAAAACAGGCCCUACGGACGGCGAAACUUGCGGCACGAUCGCUGGACUUCUUCGAGAAGUAUCUGGGAAUAAACUAUCCGUUCAGGAAACUAGAUAUCAUCGGAAUAUUCGACUUCAACGCUGGAGGAAUGGAAAACAUCGCCAUGAUCCAUCUUAUGUACGAUUGUGUGUACAGUGCAGAUAGUGCAGUGCCUCCCAAGUCACAGCUGUUUUGCCGGAGUGUGGUAGUGCACGAGGUUUCACACAUGUGGUUUGGGAACAUGGUUAGUCUCAAGUGGUGGGAUGAUCUCUGGUUAAAGGAGGGUUUCGCGAGGUUUAUCACCCAGUACGCACAAGACCACAUGGGUAUAAAAGAUAGGAGUCCUGGAGACCAUGAACUUGGUCUUGUGAGAAAGGGCUAUGGUGCAGGGAUAGGGGACGACAAAUAUCGGUUCACGAAACCCGUGAGGCAAAAGUUGAAGGACUCUUACGGGGCUGCAGCUAUGUUUAACAAUUUGUCCUAUGCCAAGGGCUCCUGGAUACUACGAGCCAUUCUCAAGCUGAUAGGAGAGGCAAACUUCCAGAAAGGUCUACAAAAAUACUUCCGAACUUAUCAUAUGAAAAGUGCUGACUUUAACGAUUUCACGGGAUGUUUCGAGAAUAUCACGGUUAAGGUAUCAGUGAGAAAGUUCAUGGAAAACUGGCUUAACGAGCCAGGUUUUCCGAUGGUAAAAAUUACAAAGGGCAAUGGCAAUACUAUUUCCUUAACACAAAGCCGGUAUACGCCCAAAGGAAACUACCAGACCAAUCAAGUUUGGCUUAUUCCGGUGAAUUUCAAAUCGGAUGUCGAACCUCCGACAAAAUACACAUUAUGGGAAACCAAGAGGGGACAUCACACAUUUUCCAAACCAGUAAAAUGGUACCUCCACGACACACUGAACACGGAAUUUGCUAUCCAUCUCUACGAUAAUAAGAACAUGAAAACACUGGCCAAGGAAUUGAGAGGAAAUCAUAAAGUCCUAUCUGACAUGCAACGAACAAUCUACACGAUCAAUCUACUUGAAAACUAUGACAAUGGCAGAGUCAGCGCAGAUAUUUUCUUGGACACCUCCCGCUACGUCCUGCAUGAAACACAAGGAAACAUUAUAGAGCGGUGGGUUAUCAAGCUACUGCACUUUAAAACCAAGCUUUAUACAGCAGAAAACCGGUUCCUAUUUGAACGAUACUUCAAACAUGUGCUCAUAGGUCACGUGAGAUCAGCGAUGAAAAGGGAAAUCGAGGAUACCACGUCCUGGAACUUAAAGAAGUUUUACAAAUGGAUGUUUUACUUUGGAGUUAGAUGGGGAGAUCGCACCGCAAGAGCUCGUUCUAGGCGUGUCAUUAGACAAUUUUUGAAAGGGGAACAUGUAAAUAUUGUUUACCUAGCAUUUUGUUUGAGGUUCUACAGAAGGGUUAAAAAGAGCUGGGGUAAGAUUUUCAAAUUACUCACCUGGUACCCACGAUCAAUCAAAGAGUACGAGAUAAUUCUAGCUUACGUUUGCCAGACACGCAACCCGAAACAACAGCUGUACAUCCUGAAUUACAGUAAAAGAUCGCAGAUAAUGCCACGGGCCCUGAAGAAGAGAACAAUCUGCUACGUAGCCUCGCGGAACCCAGGGCUAACUUGGAGAUGGUUUAAGAAAAACUACAGCUACUAUUUUGAGAUGUACGGAGAAUCUCAGUUCUCGUUUGACUCCUUGUUAAUGUGUGUUACCAGUGGUCUCGAAACACGACAACAAUAUGAGGAUGUUACCCAGUUCUUCACCAAAAACUCCUCCGGUACUGGGAAGGCUGGAUUGAAACGAGGCAUGGACAGGAUAACUAAAAACAUGGCGGAAACCAAGGAUGAUGGAAGUCAGAGCAGACGGGCUGAUUACGAUGAAAUAUUUGCUAAGUUCAUAAAAGGUCUAAAUGAUGGGGAAAUAGCUGUUUAAAAACGAUACUGUCAACCAUAAAAAUGCAACGCAUAUCUUACUGAGUAAAUGAUCGAAAUUUUACGUCCAAAACCGACUAUUAUCUGUAAAACCAUAUUUUAAAAUGAUACUGCUAUUGGAGUAAUCG